AUGCUUUACGUGCAACCCCCGUUGAAGCAUGGGAGGAUUUGGACGAAAACUAUCUCCCUGCCGCCGUCGACGCGUUUCCUAGGAGACUUUCAGCCUGUAUUUGCGCAAAGAGAGGCUAUUUCGAGAUCUAGGUUGUUUUUGUGA